UUCCGUGAAAAGACAACGAAAUACCGAAUUUUGUAUAGUUGAAAGAAAAAAACAAAAUAAGGAAAACUGAGCAGAAAGAAUAUCCAAUACAGGGGCACGGGAAGUCGCCGGAAUUGCCGUAAAUGGGGCAUUUGAUAAAUCUAAUGCCUCCGUGGACCUCUCACCCUGUCGUUCUCCUUUCUUCUAUUCAAGGCCGUUAAUUUCUCUCUCUCCCUCUCUCUCUCUCUCUCUCUCUCUCUCUCUCUCUCUCUCUCUCUCCACACACACACACACCUCUCUAUCCCUCUCAACCAUGGCGGCGAUUCUCUCUUCUUCACUCUUUGCUUCCUCCUGUCUCCCCAAACCAUUUUCUCAUCCUCGAACUCAUACCGCUUCAUCACUUCUCAAGGCUCGCGCUUCUCUCCUUCAGGAUAACGAGGAAAAAGUGAUCGUGCAGGACUCCUUCCCCUCCAAAUCAUCUCCACUUCACACCACUAAUGGAAAAUCUUCGGUGGACUCAAUUAGCACCUCUGCGUUUGAGAAAGGGAUUAUCAAGGUCGAACAAUCGGUCAAUAUCUUUCUCACGGAUUCUGUCAUAAAGAUACUUGAUACUCUGUACCAUGAUAGAAACUACGCCAGGUUUUAUGUGCUGGAGACUAUUGCCAGGGUUCCUUACUUUGCCUUUAUGUCAGUUCUCCAUAUGUACGAGAGUUUUGGAUGGUGGAGGCGGGCAGAUUAUCUGAAAGUACAUUUUGCUGAGAGCUGGAAUGAAAUGCAUCAUUUGCUCAUCAUGGAAGAACUAGGAGGGAAUUCUUGGUGGUUUGAUCGGUUCCUUGCUCAGCAUAUAGCAAUAUUUUACUAUAUUAUGACAGUUUUAAUGUAUGCAAUAAGCCCAAGAAUGGCAUAUCACUUUUCUGAAUGUGUAGAGAGUCAUGCAUUUGAAACUUACGACAAAUUUAUCAAGGUCCAAGGAGAGGAAUUGAAAAAAAUGCCGCCUCCUGAGGUUGCUGUGAAAUAUUAUACAGGAGAUGACUUGUAUUUAUUUGAUGAAUUUCAGACUUCCAGAGUUCCAAAUUCUAGAAGACCUAAGAUAGACAAUCUGUACGACGUAUUUUUAAAUAUCAGAGAUGACGAAGCUGAACAUUGUAAGACAAUGAAGGCUUGUCAAAUCCAUGGUAACCUCCGGUCACCUCAUUCAUAUGCAGAGGAUGUUGAUGAUGUUUCAGCCUGUGCUCUGGAAGUAGAUUGUGAAGGAAUAGUAGACUGUAUAAAGAAAUCAGUUAAUCCUGAUCCAGCCAGAGUGAAGUAAGACGUGGCACAAUACAUAAUAAGAUAGGAGGCAGGAAAUAGUUGAAAUUUGGAUGUGGCAAGUAAUUGCCUUAUAGCAAGUAAAUGUGCAAUUAUUUAACCUUAAAUAUUAAUAAAUCAACAUAAUGAAAUAUCUUAUGUAGACAGUCUUCUGUAGGUUAGAUGUUCAUACUUCACUCAUUGAAGGUAUAAGAGAAAAUAAUAUUAUGAAGAUCGUCUAUAGUUCUGCACUU